AUGACUGGUGUGACUAACGCCUUUCAAAGGUUUGAGAAGCUGGAUGAGGAGUGGCGCUCAUCAUUGCAGCGCAUUUCUCAUGCUACACUGGAGAAAGCCUGUCAGGCUGUCGUCGUGACUGACGAAGCAAUGGACACCGAAGCUGGAGGUGAUGGUGAAUCAGUCGCUGAAGACAAGGCCCUCCUCAACGACUGGCAGGUCGACGAACCUAAGAAGACGACUGACUGGGAAAAAGUUCAGUCUAAGAAGGAGAAGAGAAGGCUAGCUAGUGAGCAACUCCCAAAGCAACCGCCGAAAGAGCCCCGGCCGGAACCUAAGCGGAAGAAACCGCGAAAAUGGACCAGGCCUGACGCUCUGAUCAUCCGUCCGGUCGAGAAGGAGAAGUACGCCGAAAUAUUGCGUCGUAUAAAGCAGGCCGUCCCUGAUGAACAGGUCCGCACAACCGUGGAAAAGAUCCACAAAACCAAAACUGGGGACAUGCUGAUUACGCUCUCAAAGAAGAGUAUCGACAAAGGCCAAGCCUUGCAAAAGACCAUCAUGGAUAUUCUUCAAAAAGAGGCCGAAGUAAUCUGCAAAGGACCGCAGGAGACCAUCGAGAUCCGAGACAUUGAUGAUGACACGACGAAGGAGCACAUUCAGACUGCCCUGAAAACGGAAACCGGAGAAACUUGCGAAAUACCACUAGAGGCUAUCAAGAUCCGUAAGGCCUACAGAGGUACGCAAACGGCUACAGUGACACUACCAGCAGCUGGAGCACAACAGCUACUGGAAGGAAGCGGCAAAAUAAGGAUUGGCUGGGUCAAUUGCCGAAUAAGAGCAACUAGAAGACCAGUCCAAUGCUUUAAAUGCUGGCACUUUGGACAUGUUGGGCCCCAAUGUAAAAGCCAAGUAGACCGAUCUAAACUCUGCAUCAGAUGUGGACAAGAAGGGCACCGUAUCGCGGACUGUAAAAAUCCUGCCAAGUGUGCAAUAUGUGCUGACCAGCAAGGAGCAAAGGACGUGGCUCACCAUGCCGGCACCUACAGAUGCCCGGUAUAUCAGGAGGCGCUCCAGAAGUUGACGAACAAACAAGCAUGAGGAUAUUGCAGCUCAACCUCAACCAUUGUGAAGCAG